GUGAUCUUUUCAAAUCAAGAAUUCUCUCAAAAUGGCUAAUGUUUUAUUAGAAUUUGUCCAAACUUUAUUCAUUGUACUACUUGAAACACUUAAAAGUGUGUUUAGGUUUUUUAUUCCGGCUGCCAAGAAAGAUGUUUCGGGAGAAAUUGUCUUCAUUAGUGGUGCUGGCAGCGGACUGGGAAAACUAAUGGCGUUCAAAUUUGCACAACUUGGGGCUAUUGUAGUUUGUUCUGACAUUAAUGAGAAAGCAAACGAUGCCACAGUUGAGGAACUCAAGUCUCAAGGAUUUAAUUCUCACGGGUAUAAAUGUGACGUGAGUAAAAGGGAAGACAUUUAUCGCGUGGCUGAUUUGGUCAAGAACGAUGUUGGAGAUGUGACCAUCCUUGUCAACAACGCCGGCAUCGUUAGCGGUAAAAAAUUCCUCGAGACUGAAGAUUGGAUGAUACAAAAGACGUUUGAAGUAAACACAAUGGCUCAUUUUUGGACAACUAAGGCAUUUUUGCCGUCAAUGAUUUCCAAAAACCAUGGCCAUAUUGUCAGCAUUGCAUCCUCCGCUGGUCUUACAGGAGUGAAUGGUUUGUGUGACUACUGCUCUUCUAAGUUUGGUGCUGUGGGUUUUGAUGAGUCACUUAGAAUGGAGCUCUAUGCAUUAGGGAAGACUGAUGUACAUACAACAGCUAUUUGCCCAUUCUAUAUCAAUACUGGGAUGUUUGAUGGUGUCCAGACCAGGUUUCCAUGGAUACUGCCAAUACUGGAGCCGGAAUGGGCUGUGGAUAAAAUGAUGGAUGCUAUUCGUAGAAACCAGCCAAUAAUCUACCUCCCAAGGAUUCUUUAUUUCUUCUUUUUCCUUAAAGGGUUUUUACCAUGUGCGACCUUCUUUACCUUGAGUGACUUUUUUGGAGCCAGUAAUUCCAUGGAUAACUUCAAAGGAAGAGCAAAGAACCAGUGAUAACCAACUAAAGAUUAAAGCUAUCUGUAGCCGUAGUUGACCCCAUGAACUAUGCUACAGCAUAAGAUACUAGAGUGUUUAUCCUGAUUGACUAAAGGAUAGAUUAGGUUAAUACUUGUUUCAAUGGUCUCGUUCACGGCUCUGCGUAAUCCUGUAAAGUAACUGUACCUUUGCAUCAAUUCAAAGCAAUACAACUGGUGAGAUUGCAAUGACAGAUGUCAUGUAAUGAUUAUAGGCCUGAAGGUAUUUAUUGCAUGCUCACAAGUAGUCUUGCUUCAUGUAAAGGCGCAAUUGCCUUUUAAGAUGGCACAGGGAUCCAUGAAGGAGAUUGUUGAGAGAUGUUGAGUGAUGUCAUUGGUUUUACUAUGGCUAUGUUUAUCUAUAGAAAAUAAAGGCGAUAUCGGCGAUAUGCAUUAUAGCAUCAUUUCACUACCACUGCCAGAAAGCUCUGUGUAUUUUGAUUGUUAUUCAGAUUUUUUUAUCCCUUUGAAGAACAGUAAAACAAGUUGGACUAAUUACAUUACAAAAGAAAGUGGGCAAAGCAGUCUGGUCUUGGUAGUAUGUGACACCAUCAUGCACAUCGUCUAUUAUUAUGAUGUAACAUAAGAUAAUUAAAGAUACAAAACUCGAAUAUAAAGCUGUAGUGGCGUCAUAUAUGUCCAUAUAUGUACUACACUUGAAAUUUAUAAUGCAUAGUAUAUAAUUAUUAUUAUAUUUUUCCUCUUUUUUACCUUAGAACUAGAAUAAACUUAGAGCUAGAGUGAUCGCACAAUCCGUGCAACUGUACAAUAACUAGAUAGUUCUAUUUAGUAAAUCGUGCAUGCGAUACUCAAAUUAAAUUGAAUUGAUACAUAUGAAGUAUUUGAUACCAUCUUGCUUCAGGUCCACUUUUAGUACAAAUUAGUACUACUUAGAUUUUGUACAGUUGCACGGAUUAAGUGCGUUCACUCUAGAAUGAACUUAGAACUAGAAUGAACUUAAUAGAGCUAGAAUAAACUUAGAACUAUAAAGUGAUGUCAGUCACUGGUUUAAAGUUGUUCAAACUUACCAAACUUGUCCAGUUGUAAAGUUAUCUGAAGCCAUAUUUAGUUCAUUAAAUAAGGUACUACAGAAA